CAUUGUUUUGCUUGUGUUGAAUUUUUUGUGCAAAAUAAAUUAAAUAAAAUUCCUGCAAACAUUUUACGAAAAAUCAAGAACUCGUUCCGUCAGCGCAAGAAGAAGAUCCGCCCGCGGCAGGCCACGCCCCCACUGGCAGCAGCCCCCUCUGCCGGAAGUUCCGCCAGCUUCUACAAUUUCGUCUCGUGGAGCACCCACUUUACGCGGGAGGAGCACCCUGGUCCUAGGGAUUGUAAGGGCAACUGUUUCAAGAUGGAGAGCAACCUGAACAGGAUCAUUCGGGAGUCAGCCAAGCUGAAGCUCAGCGGGCAGCUCAGCAAAUACACCAAUGUGAUGAAGGGAUGGCAGUACCGCUGGUUCACAGUAGACGCAAAGACAGGAUCGCUGAGUUACUACCUGUGCGACUCCUCGACGGUGGGCGACGACAUUGCUCCCUCGCCCCAUGUCCUCGCCAGUGCUCCUAGGGGGCAGGUUCAGUUGGCUGGAGCUGUGGUUUAUCCAAGUGACGAGGACUCCAGGACCUUUGCCAUUGCCUGCGCUUCCGGCGAUACUGUAAAACUAAGGGCCAACGAUGCCAGGGCCAGGCAGGAGUGGGUGGACGGACUGCGAGCGGUGGUCGAGAGCCACACGAAGGCCAUGGACAUCAGCAACUCGUCGCCACUGCCACCGCGGGAGCUGCUUGCCGCCUCCGAUGCCAUGGUUUCAGCUCGCCAAGCUUUGUUUCUCACGGAACAAUGUAACGCUUCUCUGGCCAGGGCCAUCGAGAGCAUCGACUGUGCUUCCUUCUCGCCGACGGAUCCCGAUCUUCUUUUGCUCAAGGCGAUCUCGACGGCAAGCACCCAGUGCCUGCAUCAGUGUUUGGGGUUGCUACAACGCCACCAGGAGAUCAAUCAGCCGCCGGCGGAGUCCGUGCCCCUCGUGCUCUGAUAUCCAAAGAUAGAUUCCAGUAUCCAGUAUGAUAUAGCCCAAUAAACACUAAGUCAAAAAGCAA